GAGUUCCUGGUCUUCCACCAUGAAUCCUGUUUACAGCCCCGUCCAACCGGGGGCUCCCUAUGGAAACCCGAAGAACAUGGCAUACACAGGUUAUCCUACGGGAUAUCCCACGGCUGCCCCGGCCUACAACCCCAACAUGUACCCGACCAGCAGCCCCGGCUACGCUCCAGCCACCCUCCUGAUGAAGCAAGCCUGGCCUCAGACCUCCUCGUCCUGUGCCACCGAGGGCACCUUCCACCUCCCGGUGGACACCGGCACCGAGAACAGAACCUACCAGGCCUCUUCUGCAGCUUUCAGAUACACCGCAGGGACUCCCUACAAGGUGCCACCGACCCAGAGUAACAACGCUCCUCCUCCCUACUCGCCGUCUCCCAACCCGUACCAGACUGCCAUGUACCCCAUCCGAAGUGCCUACCCCCAGCAGAACCUGUACACACAGGGAGCUUAUUACACCCAGCCGGUGUACGCGGCGCAGCCCCACGUCAUCCAUCACACCACCGUGGUCCAGCCCAACAGUAUCCCGUCGGCCAUCUAUCCCGCUCCGGUGGCCGCGCCCAGGACCAACGGAGUGGCCAUGGGAAUGGUCGCCGGGACCACCAUGGCCAUGUCAGCAGGAACCUUGUUGACCACCCCCCAACACACCGCCAUUGGAGCACAUCCCGUGUCCGUGCCAACGUACAGGGCUCAAGGAACCCCCACCUACAGCUACGUACCUCCACACUGGUAAUCCACUGGCCAAUCCAUAUCCGGAAUCAAACAUUGUAUGCAACUCCACAAGUCUUACAUCGGUGCCCCGGCCUCUGGGCCGCAGCACCUCGUCUGUUUGCAAGAACAAAACUCAACAAACCGAGUGCAAGGGUCACUUUAUGCAUCCUUUAGUGGUUUUUGUAAAAGCUGCUUUUUCUAAUCUUCUGCCUCUCUUUGAUUUUCCCCUCCCGUCCCCCUCCCACAUAAAUCGUGUAACACACAUGACUGACACCGAGCAAUAGUAAAGUUCUCUCUCUUUGGUCCUUGGAAA